UUUAAGAAGGUGAUGUGGGUAAUUGGCUGCAGGUGUGUGAGCGCCGCCAGCUCCAACUCCGCCGGGCAGCAUGCACUACAAUGACAAGGCAGACAGGCGGCAGCAGAGCGACACAGAUCAUGACAGUUAUAGUCUCUAAAAGAAAACAAGACUGUUUCAAAAACACAAACCCGCACGCAAAAAACGAAAGUAUCUAAUUCGUAGCUUUCCACCUCUGCCUUGAAUUACUUUAAACACAAAUUAUUUUUUUACUUCGAGCGUUUCCCGAGCCAGCAUUCUAUUUGUUUUUGCAACAUCACAACUUUCUUUACGGCACUUAAUGUGGUGCCCGCGUGCCCCCAUUUAACCAAAUGAGGUAUUCCUCGUCGAGGAGGCGUUUGCGGUUUGGCUCCAAAACCAAAGGAAACUCCGGCAUUCCAGAACGAAAUUAAAGCCAUGUUUUGUUGUGCGAACAUACUGCCGCCCCCGCUGCAGGUAGUAAACUACUUCACUAAGUUAAUUACGUUCAUGUUUUUUUUUAAUGACCUAUGAUUUGAAAAGCCAAUCGCGUGGCUUUUCGUUACUUCCGGUUGCACCAAAUCAGAGUACAGGGUGUAGCUACAAAUUCAUCGGAUUAGUUGAGUUGACAGUUGAUUUAACGGACACAUUUUACGUACUAAACGAUUUAAUUAAGUUCAUUACUUUCUUUUUAAAGUUAAUUAUGACUUGAAAAGCUACACGAUUGUUGUACUUUGGGUUACAUCACCGUGCCAAAGCUAAACCAAAGUACCUGUUCAGUAUUAGUGGCUUUAGUUGUCAUAAACGUUUAUUUAAUGAACACAGUUUAAGCCACUAAUGCAAAAAUGUACAAUGAAUGUCAGCAUGGCGGCUGUAAACAAAGAAAGACUAGAAUGAGCAGUGGUAUAAACAUACCCCAUCAGGUGUGCGUGGGAAUGUGCCUCCAGCAAGACAUCACAGAGGAGGACAAAAAGGCCAAACUGCAGAGCUCCAAAAUAGAGCAGGACCUUUCUGAACAGGCCAGGAUGGAGAUGAACGUCGUCAAAAUCCUUAUGCUGGGAGCUGCGGAGAGCGGAAAGAGCACACUCAUCAAGCAGAUCAAGAUCAUCCACAGUCAUGGCUUCUCCAAACAAGAGCUCAUCAGCUUCAAGCCGGCCGUCCUCGACAACCUUCUCACCUCCAUGAAGUUUGUCCUUCAGGGAAUGGGGACGCUGAGGAUAAACCUGGCGAGCAAAAAGAACAAGGCUCACGCCCGCUCCAUCCUGUCCUGUAGUCAGAGUUUGGGGGACGACCAGGAGCUGCUUCCCUUUGUGGCUCACGCUUUCUGCGCACUUUGGGCAGACCUGGGGGUCCGAGCGGCUGCAGCCAGAGGUUUUGAGUUUGAGCUGAACGACUCUGCACUCUACUUCUUCGAGAACAUGAGUCGAAUCAUCGCUCCCAACUACGUCCCCACUGAGAGAGACGUUCUCCGUGUGAGAGUAAGGACCUGCGGAAUCAUGGAGACGCAGUUCCAAGUUAAUGAUGUUAUAUUCCGCUUGUACGAUGUUGGCGGGCAGCGGAGCGAGAGGAGGAAAUGGCUGGGCUGUUUUGACUGCAUCCAGGUCGUGCUGUUCCUUGUGGCCCUGAGCAGUUACGAUACGUCGCUCCCCGAAGAGCCAACAGUGAACCGGCUGCAGGAAAGCCUUGCCUUUUUCACAUCAGUCUGCGGCAACCCCGUCUUCAAGAGCACCUCAGUGAUUCUGUUCAUGAACAAAACAGACCUUUUCCAGGAGAAGAUCCUCCAUUCUGGAAGACACCUGAGACUAUACAUGGCCAGUUUUAAAGGAUCGGAUGCCGACGUGGACGCCGCAGCUCAGCACAUCACUGCCACGUUCUCAGCCUGCAACGGCAGAGUUGAUCGGCCCGUGUUCCACCACUACACCACGGCCACGGACACCGCCAGCGUCCGGGUGGUCUUUCAGAUGCUCAUCGACCAGAUCAUUAGGCAGAACCUUGCAGCUGCUCAGCUACUCUGAUUUUUAAAUAAGUUCAACUGCUAUGUUUUCAAUCAUUUUAAAUAAAACAUUUAUUUCAGAAUCACCAUCGGAAAAUUUCACUAGAAAGAGGUUUGGACGUUUUCUCUCAUGUAUUGAGCUUGUUUGAUCAAACAUAGGACAGGGGUCACCUGUUUCCCCAUAGGAUUUAUUUGUCUGCAGCACAAAAUUGAAACAUAAAAAAACACAAGACACAAAAAAUAUAUGGUUGACUUAUGCUGCUCAGUAGUCUUCACAGUCUGACAAAUCCAGAGAAAGGAAGAUGUCCGCUUUGCACUUGAGUGCUGCCUUGUCGCCAGGGAAGAGUUCACAACUCUGCAGGUUCGGUGUGACGUCUCUAAUACAGAUGGCCUGUUUCAUGGGUAAUACAAUAAAUCAUUCACAAUAACAUUUACUCAUGCUCUUAUCUGGUAUACAGACAUACUCUGGCAAAUAACACAUUGUUUCGCCAUCACAAACGUUUAACAAAUAAAUCACUAACGAAGUACAGGGCUGUUAAACUGAUGCCCCCUGGGAAUGACAUUAGAGCAGCCCACGACUUCUAACAUCUCAAUUUCCUAAAAAGGCUGAAGCAUACUCGUAUCAAGGAUGUUUAAUGAGGAUUUAUUUAUUUAUUUAUUUUACAGUAGAACACUCCUGUCAGAUUGAGAAUCUUUGUCUAGCAUUUUUGCAAUAUAUCCUGAAAGCCACAGUGUGGUUUAGCAUAUAGAGGAUCUUUGACUAGCUUUUUUUGCAGUAGGUCCUCAAAAACAGCAGAGUGCUCCUGUGUUAAUUGAUGACUAUAUUAGCUAUAGUGGCUUUAUGUAAUAUUUUAAUGUCAAUGUUGAAACAUGCAGUAUCAAAAUUGUAAAAAAAAAUAAAAGUAAAAAAAAAUAAUGUAAAAUCAUAAAAAAAGAGGAAAAGGGAAAUCAUGGACAAACCAUUGUCUUUAGGUUGAAACGCUGCGGUUUUGUUUCAGACGUCUCCAUAUCGGCUCUCCUGACGUACGGUGACCUCCGGAUACCGGACAGCAAGCCGGACGCCCUGCCCACCGAGUAGUAGCUUGGGCCGGCCACCUGCUUGUACCACGCCUCCGUGGGGAUGCGGACCACCAGUGCAGAGAGCACUGCUAUGGGGAAUAGAAGAAAAUGGCUGGCAGUCCUGCACAAUCAUAUCCCCCAAGGCCUCAUCCAGCUCAGCCUGUCGUCCUUGAAACAAUGUGACCAAU